AGUGUGUCUCCCGAGUGUUUUACGGUGGAGCAGCCGGCGCGAGCGCCGAGGAGGCGGUGGCGGCGGUGGCGACGGCUUCGUGCAACUGUGGUUCCCCUGCCUCCUCUUCCUUAUUGCUCCUUGAUUCUUCUACUCCCCCUACACACGUCCAUGGGGAGCCGGCCCCCCUGCUGGCACCUCUCUGCUCGGCCUGAUAGGCACCAGCUGCCGCCUCCCCGGCCCGGGGCUGCGCAGGUGCCGUGUGCCCUGGCCGCUGGCUCCGCGCCGAUGUCUCGCCACCCGCAGCCGGGACUGGUGCGGUGAUCCUGUCGCCCAAACUGACUCCAAGAGAGCGAGAACCGAUGCCCUGCUGCACGGAGACAGCGGGCGAGCGGGCGUCCAGGGGCAGGGCGGGGGCGGCGGGGAGACGGAGGCGUCGGAGACUCUGAACCCCGGAAAAGUUCAAGGUUUGUGCAGGUCCCCCCAGGGAAGGCGAGGAGCGAGGCGGGGUAGCGCGCCUCUGCUGAUACAGCGAGACCCGCGAGGGGAGGCCGGGAGCUGCGGUGGGUUGGUGGAGCCCCUCUCCAUCCUACAACGUUUGUGGUCUGGAGACUGGAGUCGAUGCUCUGGGUAGGAAGGGCUCGGAUCAGGGCGCAUUAGCUGGCUUUCCCGCUCCCUCGUUUCUCUAAGCCCCAUUUCAUCUCCUAUGGGGCAGCGGGUCCCGGCCGCGCCACCCUAGCCUCAGACACCGAGCCGCUGCCGGGCCAGGAGGCUCAGGGCCUGCUUGUGAUGAGCGCGGGUCCUGGUCGAGACGUGCGAGAGAGCACUGGAGUCCAGGAGCGAACCCUGCGAGGGGACAAACAUCUGGCCACCCGCCUCGGGCAUUCGGUCUGGGCGUCGCCUAGGGUGGUGGCGAUCCACGUCGCCCGUCUCAGUACUGCACGGAAACUUUUCCUUCUCUGGAUGGAUUAAAGUUGCCUUGAUUUUCUCUUUGCGAAAGAAAUCAUUCAUUUGCACCCGACCUAGGAUUUUUAUACUGGGGCUGCUGCAGGGCUCUUGGAGGAAGAAAGCUGCGCUCUCCAUGUGGGGUUACCACCGAAACCAAGGAAAAAGGGGCUUCUGUUGGAAAUCUGCACCCUCGUGCGAGUUCAAAUUCAAGCUGGGCCGCGGGGCCAGGGAAUUCGGCGCUCGUCUCUAGGCAGCCCCCGGGACGUCCGCUGCCACCGGGCCCCGGGACUGCACGUGCGGCUCCCCCCUCGCCUCACAGAUCCUGCAGGGGGCACCAGCUGAGGGAGGUGGAGGCUCCUCCCGCCCGGAGCUGCGCCCCCACCAUCUCCGAGGGUGUAGCCGGUGGCGCCUGGGACGCCCCCUCCCCGCAAAGUGUCCCCGAAUUGCGCUUCCUGGCCCCCGAAGCUUAAACAGAGACAGCGGGACGCCACUGUCACACUGAGUUGGAUUUGACCAAGCCCAUCCUGGGGCCAAGUCAUCGUCGACUGUUGCCCCCUCGGACCCCUUCGGCCCCGCCUCGACCAUGGCCCCAGGGAUGUCGGGCCGCGGCGGCGCCGCCCUGCUCUGCCUUUCGGCGCUGCUCGCCCACGCCUCCAGCCGCUCCCACCCCGCCAGUCCCAGCCCGCCCGGGGCACAGGCCAGCCCGGUGCUGCCUGUCAGCUACCGCCUGUCGCACACGCGUCUGGCCUUCUUCCUGCGGGAGGCGCGGCCACCAUCGCCCACGGUGGCCAACGGCUCCUUGCAGCGCUCCGAGCCCUUCGUGGUAUUCCAGACCAAGGAGCUGCCGGUCCUCAACGUCUCCCUGGGACCCUUCAGCACCAGCCAGGUGGUAGCGCGGGAGCUCCUGCAGCCAUCCAGCACCCUGGACAUCCCCGAGCGCCUGACGGUCAACUGGAAGGUGCGGGCCUUCAUUGUCCGCGCCCGAGUGCCCGCCUCGCAGCCCGUGGCGCAGGUGCUCUUCUAUGUGGCCGGCAGGGACUGGGAUGACUUUGGCGUCACCGAGCGACUGCCCUGUGUCCGCCUGCAUGCCUUCAGGGAUGCCCGGGAGGUCAAGAGCUCCUGUCGUCUCAGCGGGGGGUUGGCCACCUGUCUCGUGCGGGCCGAGCUGCCCUUGGCCUGGUUUGGACCCCCAGCCCCCGCAGUGCCCCCGAGCGCCCGCCGCAAGUCCCCAGAUGGGCUAGAGCCGGAGGCGGCGGGGGAGAGCCAGCAGGCUGAGCUCUACUACACCCUCCAUGCCCCGGAUGCGGCGGGGGGCUGCGGGGGCUCACGGCGCGCACCUGGGCAGGGGAUGGGGGCCCGCGCCGAGAGCCCCACUCAGCACCCCUUGCUGCGCAUCGGGAGCAUCAGCCUCUUCCGCCCGCCACCCCGGAGGGCGCUGCAGGAGCAUAGGCUGGACAGUAACCUGAUGAUCCGCCUGCCCGACCGGCCGCUCAAGCCUGGGGAGGUGCUGAGCAUCCUCCUCUAUCUGGCCCCCAACUCCUCCUCGCCCUCCAGCCCCAGCGUGGAGCAUUUCACACUCAGGGUGAAAGCCAAAAAGGGUGUGACCCUUCUAGGCACCAAGUCACGGAGUGUCCAGUGGCACGUGACCUCAGAGCUGCUGACUGGGGCAAAGCACUCAACGGCCACUGUGGAUGUGGCCUGGGCCCAGGGCACGCCCCUGCCCCCCUGGGAGGGCCAGGGCCCUCUGGAGAUUCUGCAGCUAGACUUUGAGAUGGAGAACUUCACCAGCCACUCCGUCAAGCGGAGAAUCAUGUGGCACAUCGACUAUCGUGGCCACGGGUCCCUACCUGACCUGGAGCGGGCAGUCACGGAGUUGACAGUCAUCCAGCGAGAUGUACAAGCCAUUCUGCCCCUGGCCAUGGAUACAGAGAUCAUCAAUACAGCCAUCUUGACGGGCAGAACAGUGGCCAUCCCUGUGAAAGUCAUCGCCAUUGAAGUGACAGGCCUUGUGCUAGAUGUCUCCACCCUAGUGGAAUGCGAGUCCGACAACGAGGACAUCAUCAAGGUCUCCAGCAGCUGCGACUACGUAUUUGUGAGUGGAAAGGAGUCUCGAGGGUCCAUGAACGCCAGGGUCACCUUCCGCUACGACGUCCUCAGCGCCCCCCUGGAAAUGACAGUCUGGGUCCCCAAGCUGCCUCUGCACAUCGAGCUGUCAGAUGCUCGCCUCAGCCAAGUGAAGGGCUGGAGGGUACCCAUCCUCCCCGACCGCAGGUCAGCCCGGGAGAGCGAAGAUGAGGAGGAGGAGGAAGAGGAGCGGCGGCAGAGUGUGAGCCGAGGCUGUACCCUGCAGUACCAGCAUGCCACCCUGCAGGUCUUCACCCAGUUCCACACAACGUCGUCUGAGGGCACCGACCAGGUGGUCACCAUGCUGGGCUCAGACUGGUUGGUGGAGGUCACCGACUUGGUCAGUGACUUCAUGCGGGUCGGCGACCCCCGAGUAGCACACAUGGUGGACAGCAGCACGCUGGCUGGACUGGAGCCAGGCACCACCCCCUUUAAGGUGGUGUCCCCACUGACGGAGGCAGUGCUGGGGGAGACACUACUGACAGUGACAGAGGAGAAGGUCAGCAUCACACAGCUGCAGGCCCAGGUGGUAGCCAGCCUGACCCUCUCCCUGCGGCCCAGCCCUGGGAGCAGCCACACCAUCCUGGCCACCACAGCUGCACAACAGACCCUCACCUUCCUCAAGCAGGAAGCCCUUCUGAGCCUCUGGCUAUCCUAUAGUGAUGGUACCACGGCCCCACUCUCCCUUUACAGCCCACGGGACUAUGGGCUGCUGGUGAGCAGCCUGGAUGAGCGGGUGGCCACAGUCACCCCGGAUCGCGCCUUCCCGCUGGUGGUAGCUGAGGCGGAGGGGGCAGGGGAGCUGCUCCGCGCGGAGCUCACCAUCGCCGAGAGCUGCCAGAAAACCAAGCGCAAGAGUGUGCUGGCCACGACGCCCGUGGGGCUGCGAGUGCACUUUGGGCGGGACGAAGAGGACCCCACUUAUGACUACCCAGGCCCCAGCCAGCCAGGACCUGGUGGAGGUGAGGAUGAGGCCCGGGGAGCAGGUCCGCCAGGUACAGGGGGUCCUGCGCUGGCAGCCCCUGGACUGGGCACCUCUGCAGUGCCACCCACCGAAGACUUCUUGCCGCUGCCCACGGGCUUCCUGCAGAUGCCCCGGGGUCUGACCGACCUGGAGAUCGGCAUGUACGCUCUGCUGGGCGUCUUCUGCCUCGCCAUUCUCGUCUUCCUCAUCAACUGCAUCGUUUUUGUGCUGCGCUACCGGCACAAGCGCAUCCCGCCGGAGGGCCAGACCAGCAUGGACCACUCUCACCACUGGGUGUUCCUGGGCAACGGGCAGCCGCUGCGGGUGCAAGGGGAGCUCUCGCCUCCUGCCGGCAACCCGCUGGAAACCGUGCCCGCCUGUUGCCACGGGGACCAUCACAGUAGCGGAAGCUCACAGACCAGCGUCCAGAGCCAGGUGCACGGCCGCGGCGACGGCUCUUCAGGUGGCUCCGCCCGGGACCAGGCCGAGGACCCCGCCAGCUCUCCCACCUCCAAGCGCAAGCGGGUCAAGUUCACCACCUUCACUACACUGCCCUCGGAGGAGCUGGCCUAUGACUCAGUGCCUGCUGGCGAAGAGGACGAGGAGGAUGAAGAGGACCUGGGUUGGGGCUGCCCGGAUGUGGCGGGUACCAAGCGGGCGACUCCGCCCCCUGACCUGCACAAUUACAUGCGCAGAAUCAAAGAGAUUGCUUAGAGGCACCAAUCGGGGUGGCAGGAUGACCCUACAUGGUCUGCCUGGGUGGGACCCAGCAGGGACCCCCAGUUCACUCCGCAGGGCGGGCGGGUUGAUUUUAUACUCCCUGCCCCUGCAGCUUUGCUCUGAGCCGGUUGGUUGGCUCCCUACUCUGCCGUCCCCCACCUCCCCCGGUUACCCUCUCCUGCCCCCUGAGGGUUGUGGGCCCCUUCCUCCUGUGGCUUGCAAGGAGGGAAGCAGUCCUGGCUCUGUUCUAUCCUUUCCAAGCUUCUGCCGGCCUAGGCAGGCUGCCUGCCUCAGAAGUAGGGCCCUGAGGUCCAGCGUGGGGACCGCGGGCCCACAUUGUGCUGGGCCCUGUCUCCCACUCCCCUGUCCUCUCCCGUGCCCGGAGGACCUGGGGAAUCUUGUGUCACAGACUGCACAAGACUUUUCUCAAACCAAUAUUCAGGGAUUUUUGUCCUGCAGGGUGGGGAGGCAGGGGCUGCCUGCCUUGCCAAGGAUCUUGCUGCAGACAAAACAUUGGGGGGUCGGUGGACAGUCAUGGCAUCUGCUGGCAUCUGGGUGCCUCCCAGGGCCUAGAGCUGACUCUACAGAGGGGUCUGGUGCCAAACCAGCGCCUUCCUGGGUUCUCCUCAGGACUCCCUCCUGCCCCAAGGGCUGUGGACAGGGGCCCAAGCCGGAGGAGUUCCCAGUCCCUCUCUGACCAAACCAGACCCCAGAGCACUGUGGUCAGCAGGGCCCAGGGAGGCGUGGGUGCCUCCUGCCUCCCCCACUGCAAGGUCAACACUACUGCGCCUUAGCCGCCUCUGCUCUGCUCACCACCCUUUCCCUCUGCACCGCAGGGCAGGCAGCCACCACCACCCCGCCCCCAGGAAAAAGCAAUCCCUACAGGAGAUGAGGGCCCUGGGAGCACUGUGGGGGGCCGAGGGGCCGUGGAGGCCGAGGGAGCUGGCGCCUCCCCUGCCCCAUCCCACAGCCACUUUUCUCUUGGGUUCUACCCACCACUGUGUUGGAUUUUUCAUAAAUAAAUGGAGGCCAUCGGACUGGGGU